GCGGGUGAGAGAGAGGCGGGAGAGAGUUUUGUUUCUUGAUUUGCAAAGGCUUUUGAAAAAGAUGAUUCCUCUUCAGUCGAGCAAAGGUAGCGCCAGUGCCAGCGCCAGCGACGAUUCCGCACGACCGCUGAAGAAAUACGUAUCAGAGAAGAUCACAGAGAGCGUACAGGCCACUAUACAGCUGACUCAAGGCCUUCGCAGAAGUAGCAAUGUUGACGAGAUCGCCAAAUUUCCCAAAGCUCUUGCGACAAAGAAUGAUAAUAUUGUCGGCACAGGCCAGCUGCUGGAGCAAAUGCCAUCGGUCAUCGCUGCACUAGAUGCGAACCUUGAUGCCGCAAUACACAGGGCUGCGCUCCUCCCACGGCUGCGAGCACAGCUGGAAGAAGAUUUACGACAGUUUGCAGUGCCAUCUCCACCGUCGGUUCAGUCUGACAAAUGAAGAUCGAAUCAUCGAAGAGCCGGGCCACAGACAAACUGGAGGAGGGAGAAGAUGUGACACACGGACGGAUUGUCUGUCACAGACGGAUGGUCGGUCACAGACAGACAGAGAAUAAACUGGUUGCUUAUGA